CAUUUAUAAUCAUCAAGGUGCUGAGUGCAAGAAGAAGGGAAGUUUUUUCUAAAACCAGGAUCAUCUCUCUCAAAAGAACUUAAGUAAGAAAGCUUUAAAUAUAGCCUAUUGCUGCGAGUUCAAGCGACACAAAAUGGGGAAAUUGAACAUCUAUGUGAAAUGGAGUUACAUUAUUGUGGCGAGUUUGCUGGCGAUCGUCAGUACCGUGAUAUUGGCAAGGACUCUGUUUUACCACGGAUAUUUACACAAGCAUGAAGAGAUAGACAAGAUGCUCCCAGGUUUCAUUGUGAUGUAUGUUAUUUUUAUCAUAACCCUGCUCUUGCCCAUCAUUGGUGUGUAUGGUGCCCGCAAAGAGAAGAAAUGGGCGCUUAUUGUGUUUACAGUUGGAAUGAUCCUGUGCACUCUGGUCAUGCUUAAUUCUGAAAGGCAACAACUGACUAUACGACCAGAGAUAGCUGAGAGAGUGAAGGCGAAUUACCUGGGAUUUCUGCCACUGAGUAAUGCCACUAUGAAUGACAUAGAAAACCUCAAGUAUAUACAGAUGGAAUUGCAGUGUUGUGGACUGGAUCAGGGCUACCAGGACUGGGGCUACAACAUCUCAGAAUCUUGCCUGUGCCUCCAAGACUCCACAAAUCCAUGUGUGGAAGCUCCUAAGAACAGCAGUCUGUCUCAUCGGAAGCAUGACCAGCCCAUCAUGAUUUAUAAAGAGCCAUGCCUUCGAUACUUGAUCCAGUUGGCCUUGGCUGCCAUAAAUUUUGUAAUUGGCAUAGAGUGGGGACUCAUAUUAAUCUGGACGUUGUCAGUAGUACUCUGUAUUAUCAUCCUGUGCCAGCUGAGACAGAAGGGAGAUACCCCUCCAGUGGUCUACAGUGCAGAGGCAAAAAGUGGCAACUACAGCAUCCUCACAGAGACUGCAGACUACACCUGAAUUCUUUGUGUUUUUUAACUUUUGGUUGCUCUUCACUAUGGUGAAGGUCACCAUGUCUAAUAUCCCCCUCCACUCAAAAAUGUGUUUUGCUUACUGUUACCUCACCUGGAAGUUUGACCUUCACCGUGCAGGAUGACGUAUGUGCAGAGUUUGAUGCUAUGGUGCUCCUUUUGUGUUUUCCGGUCGAAUUGGAUCAUUUUACAAGUUUAUACUAUGAAAAAUGUAGUUCAUUUAAUUAAUUUUGAUUGUCAUAAGGUUCCAUGACUUUGCUCACACAGGGCAUCUGAACACAAAAAAUAAAUUUUGAUAAUUUUCAUUACA